AUUGGCUCCCUUCUCCCCUAUUAAAACCAUUUCACUUCCUCAUCACAUCCAAUGGUCCAAUGACAGGUGACAUUUUCCAGCCUACCCAACCAACCAACCAACCAACCAACAAACCGACCAAUAAUUGGUCAGGAUCGUCCAGACAACAUAUAUAUACUGAAAAUCAGUUGAUAUUAUUUCGGUUUGUGUAUUGUCAGCUUUAUACCAGGAAUACAUCUAGAUAAAUACUCAGUAUCUGUGUUGCACUAACUUCUUGUAAGAUCUCAUAUCUAUAAGUGGUGGGACCGGUCUCACUAGUUCUGCAAACACAGGUUGGUAAACAAGGGAAAUAUAGAAAGUAAAAGUAAAAUAGAGACCUAACAAGGGAAGAUAACAAAGGAGCACCUACUUAGCAAGCAGAGAAACCCUCAGAGACCGUUCAGCUAUGGAUCAUAACCAGCUCCGAGACUACAAUCAGAACUUCAGCCUGGACCAUUGUCCUCUGGGGAACCAGGGCUACAAUCGGGUCCUACUGCAGCUGUUUGGGUUCACAGGGCACGGCAAGUCUGCCCUCUUAAACUCACUCAUGUAUGUUUUGAAUGCAGGAAAGUAUGAAGUACAUGCUAAAUCAGGGGUGAUGUCAAGUGGGGGUGCUGUAACCAUGGAGAGGAGAGCCUAUGAGCUCACACCCACCAUCACGGUGGUGGAUAACAGAGGGUUCGGAAGGAUGAACGAGUCUGAGAGAGGAAUGAUUUAUGCUCAGCUGGGUAACUUCAUGCCCCUUAAUGAGAAGGUGGAAUGGACAGACAGUUAUGAAGACUUUGUGUCCCAGCUGGAGGAUUCUGGGUUGGACCCAAAUUACACAGACUUUAUAGUUCCAGUAUUUGUUUAUAAGGUGCCGGCCCCAUUGUCAGAGCAGGAGGGGUCGGAAAUACAAGCUUUUUUCAAAAACUGCAGAAACCUGACAGGUGUUUUCCCAAUCGUUGUCCUCACCUUUAAAACAAGUGGGGAUUAUUUUGAGGUUGAAAAGAAGUUUAGAUGUUUGGGUGCAGAGGUGGUUGUGGCAGUGGAGAAUUACUCCGAGGAGGAUCAGCUACAGACACUGGGGAGAAAUACAGAUUUCCUCAGCCUCCUUAAAUCUGCUUUGGAUCAUGUCACAUUCCGGAUGGGGAACCCAAGGAACCCAAAGGAAGAACGUAUAGAGAGAAAGAAGUUUUUGCUGAAGUAUGUCCAUGAUAUUGCUAUGGCUGAAAGCAUAGAGAAAGAGAAGAUGAAGCAAGGGGCUAGGAUAGCCGAGCAGGCUAUGAGAUAUCAGCUAAGCCGACAAGCAGAUCUGUAUGCAGCAUUGGCUUUAAGAGAAGAAUUAUCCAGGAGAACUAAAGCCAUGAUGGAGGCUCAGAUGCGGGAUAGUAAAGAGAAGGACGGUUGCUGCAUUCUAUAAUAACUUGCAGUUUUGUAAUGUAAUUGCUGUAUGUUAAAGGCAAAGUUCACAUUUUUUGUUUUGUUUGUCGAUUCAAGGUUUUUGGCGCUUAAAAAAUUCAAAUUGGAUUGAGGUUUUUUUUUUUCUUUUGAGAGCUACCAGUUAUGUUAAGUCAUGGUGAUUUUCUUUUCUCUCUGGAGAAAUUGAUAAAGUAAGCUGUGUGUUUAUU